AUGACGGAGGAACGACCCGAGAGGCCUAGAGAUGAGAAGAGCAGUGACCAUAUACACAGAAACAUAGAACUGAUUCUCACUCUGGAAUUUGACAAGCACCAUGGUGAGGUCAUACGAAAUCAACAUCCUCUCGGCAAAUUUGGCUUGUUGUCCGAGCAGAUCCCCGGUCUGAAUCUGAUUCCUUCCCAAUUGCACAAAUCGUUGAACAGAGAGAACUGGACGAUAAGUCCUAUGUUCAUCCAGAAAGAUGGAAAACUGAGCUACAAGAAAGCUGACAAAAAUUCGACUCUGUGCUAUGCUUUGACACUUUCGGUUUUCCAGGAAGAUGAUUCCUACAGAAACGGUACUGCCAAAGGCAUAUGCUUGAUCACCACGUUGCCAUAUUACAAUGCCUUUAAGCCAUUACUGACCAUGCUUUCCCAUAAUGCACUUUUCGACGAGAAGUUCGAGGAAUUCAUUGCAGUCUACAAAAGCUUGAAUGAUGAGCCUUUUGACCGUCUCAAUGACUAUUUUAGAACGUUAUCCAAAGGUAAGAGAUUGCCGUUGCUGAAGAUGAUUGAAUAUGAAGAGGAAGAAAUAGCCAACGGAAAAGAAUCACAGAAAACGCUCAAGUCCCACCUGUUUUCCCAGAAUAAAGCCUUGUUUGAAAAACUCAGCUAUAAUAGCUCUAGCAAAACUUUCAAGUUCACAGUGUCGCUAUCGGGAAUGCCCUUUCCAAUAAUGAUUCCACUAACCUCAUUGAUAGCGUCCCCAUUUGCACAAUUUGGUUAUGAUCUCGAACAAGACCAAAUAUUGAGAUCCUUCAUGAUACACACUCAGCAUAUUAAAGUUGUGAAGUCAACAGACGAAGUUACGAGUAGUUCUGUGGUCGCUCCUAAUGGUCUACAGCAAACUCCUGUCAUUCUAAUGCUCAUAUAUGCCGUCCUUUUGAAACAGAGAGUCAUGAUUUUUGCAUAUGAUACACCCAUAAACGACCUCGUGGAGUUUGUUUUAUCUCUGGUUAUUUUAACUGCCACUGACGAAUCUACUGGCUUGGACCAUUGCUAUCCAUACAUGGAUCUCUCGCAAGCAGAGUUGCUAGAGGGGCUAAAAAAAUAUAUAGUGGGAACGUCUAAUCCAAUGGUGACGUCGAAGAAAGAUGGAAAAUAUCCUUGGGACUUGCUUUAUGACAUGGACAAAAUGGAAAUUACUUUAAAUUCCGAAACGAGCCGUCCUUCUCACAGACCCACCAAGAAAAAGCCACACAGAUCUGACCCCCCUAAGUUCUUCAGAAAAACUUCUAACUUCUUCCGAAAAGUUAAAAAUGGCAACACAGAACUGAACAAGCCAUCUGUAUCGGAUUUGAAUGACGAUAUAAGAAGCAUUUCCACGAUGACAAUCUCCACGGAGAGUUCCCACCUCACAGAAUCAACGGCUGACCCUCCAUCUUGCAAGCACGAGGUAAUUAGCGAAUAUUGCAAAUCACAGCAUCAGAAAAGGGAGAGCAGCAAGUUAGCAACGACCUCCAAACUGUCGUCGUUCUUUUCUUUCGGGUUCCAGAACGAUUUGUCAAUGGACUCGCUUGAUCUGGCCGGUGAUGAAGAUGAAAAAUUCAGUCCAAGGGACUCGAACUUCUUGAAAACUCUUGAAACUCUGGUUAUUGAGAAGCAUGACGAUAUUUCUAUAUACAUGGCAGUCCAGAAUCAUCUUUUUCAACUCAACAGGGCCGUGUUGCCUGCUUUGGAGAUCUCUAAAAGCAAUUCCAUAUUGGAGCUUUUCAGGAAGUUUGCAAACUCGAAGAUAGCCAGUUCACCUGAGGCCUGGAAAUCCACAGACGUUAAGGAAGAACUCGCAAGGUAUAUUCAGAAACAAAAAAUUGUGCAAAUGCUGCCUUUGGGACUCGAAACUAGAUACGAAAUCACUAAUGGUCCACUUGCAAUCGAAGACUUCUCGAUCAUGAGUUUGAACCACAUGCUGGAUUAUUACAUGAAUUUGAGCAAAGGCGAGCUGGUAGGAAAAUAUAGAAUUCUGGAAGCAUUUCCAAAGCAAAGCAUUCUAAAGACGGAGAGAAUUGAUUGUCUCCUUGGGUUCAAGAGUUUCGUCUAUUUCAUCGACAUCACUUACCUCCUCAGCUGUUUUUCCAAGUUGACUGUGGAGGGUUAUUCAGACGCAUUCUUGUCAAGACAAGUUACAUGUCUCUUUAAGUAUCUUAACGAGUUUUUGAGUGGGGAUUCAAUAAACGAUGAAUCCAGGUUAGAUGAGUUCAUGAGUUGCAUUGUCCAAUUUGAAACCACCCAGAGCAUGUUCACCACGUUGGAGAACAUCGUUUGGGUUGGAAUGUACUUCAGAGAGAAAAACAGCAGCGUGGAUGUGGAGUUUUCUCGAUUCUUAAAGAGAUUUCACAAGAACAAUCUGGUGAGUUCUUGGUUCUGGGAGAACCUCAGCGUUUAUCUGAAGGAAUCAUUGCAGUGA